GGACUCCAGGACAGGACAAGACUGCGGACCUAUCACCCACCCCCCAGCCCCAGUCUAGGACACCCCACCCUCCCCAUAGAUCCAACUUGCCCCCAGCUCUCCCUGCCCCUCCCUGGCCCCUCCCACUGCCCGCCCCCCCUUGGGGCGCAGGGCAUGGUGUGAAGGCCAAGUGCUUAGGUGGGCACCAUGGGUGCUGUGCCCUAGGGCCCGGGUGGUGGGGGUGGGUGGCCUGUGGGUGUGCCGGGGGGGCCCCGUGUGCCCACCCCAGUCUCUUGGCGUGCUGGAGUGCAUCCUGGAUGGGAUUGAAGUGAAUGGAACAGAAGCCAAGCAAGCUGGAGUGUGGGUCGGACCCAGAGGAGAACAGUGCCAGGUCCCCCGAUGGAAAGCGAAAAAGAAAGAAUGGCCAAUGUCCCCUGAAAACCAGCAUGUCAGGGUAUAUCCCUAGCUACCUGGACAAAGACGAGCAGUGUGUCGUGUGCGGGGACAAGGCAACCGGUUAUCACUACCGCUGCAUCACUUGUGAAGGCUGCAAGGGCUUCUUUCGCCGCACAAUUCAGAAGAACCUCCACCCCACCUACUCCUGCAAAUAUGACAGCUGCUGUGUCAUCGACAAGAUCACCCGCAACCAGUGCCAGCUGUGCCGCUUCCGGAAGUGCAUCGCUGUGGGCAUGGCUAUGGACUUGGUUCUAGAUGACUCAAAGCGGGUGGCCAAGCGCAAGCUGAUCGAGCAGAACCGGGAGAGGCGGCGGAAGGAGGAGAUGAUCCGCUCACUGCAGCAGCGGCCAGAGCCCACUCCCGAGGAGUGGGACCUGAUCCACGUCGCCACGGAGGCCCAUCGCAGCACUAACGCGCAGGGCAGCCACUGGAAGCAGAGGCGGAAAUUCCUGCCGGAUGACAUUGGCCAGUCCCCCAUCGUCUCAAUGCCGGACGGAGACAAGGUGGACCUAGAGGCCUUCAGCGAGUUUACCAAGAUCAUCACCCCGGCCAUCACCCGUGUGGUGGACUUUGCCAAAAAACUACCCAUGUUCUCUGAGCUGCCUUGCGAAGACCAGAUCAUCCUCCUGAAGGGGUGCUGCAUGGAGAUCAUGUCCCUGCGGGCGGCUGUCCGCUACGACCCUGAGAGCGACACUCUGACGCUGAGCGGGGAGAUGGCUGUCAAGCGCGAGCAGCUCAAGAACGGCGGCCUGGGUGUGGUCUCUGAUGCCAUCUUUGAACUGGGCAAGUCCCUCUCUGCCUUUAACCUGGAUGACACAGAAGUGGCUCUGCUGCAGGCUGUGCUGCUAAUGUCUACAGACCGCUCUGGCCUGCUGUGUGUGGACAAGAUCGAGAAGAGUCAGGAAGCCUACCUGCUGGCGUUCGAGCACUACGUCAACCACCGCAAACACAACAUUCCGCACUUCUGGCCCAAGCUGCUGAUGAAGGUGACUGACCUCCGCAUGAUCGGGGCCUGCCACGCCAGCCGCUUCCUCCACAUGAAAGUCGAGUGCCCCACCGAACUCUUCCCCCCACUCUUCCUGGAGGUCUUUGAGGAUCAGGAAGUCUAAAGCCUCAGGCGGCCAGAGGGUGUGCGGAGCUGGUGGGGAGGAGCCUGGAGAGAAGGGGCCGAGCAGGGGGCUGAGGGAGACCCCCCCACACCUCUUCUCUCCUUCCUCUCGUGUCCUCGGAUAGAUUCAGCUCCCCCAUACACCCCCACACUGCCCGGGUCCCUCCGCAGACCCUCUAGCCCUGGGACAGGGCAAACAAAUGAACUUGCUAUCAAAAGGACAGUGUGGGCACAGGGGCGGGCAGGGGGCCAUGGCCCACAGUUCUUAGGACCCCGUCCUCUUAGGAGUUAGGGAAAGAGAGGAAGCACUAGGUGGGGACAAGCCAUCUUGACCUUAGGGGAAGGAGUGACACA